AAACAGAAUAAGCCAAACUUCAACUCUUCCUGUGGUCCCAGGAGACCCAGUGCGUACAGAUAGCCAGCCACAAGUCUAGCUCGCCCAAACAAUAUCCACUGGCUGUAGCUGGUGUAUCGUCUUCAUCUCUUGCUCAAGCAGAUUAGAAUUGGAGGGCUUCUAUGCAGCACCAAGCAGGAAUUCAAGAAAAAUGCCUGGCAACAUCCACAUCUCAGCCACUCAACCACCAGCCAUCACCCCACUGUUCUUGCAAGUUGGUAUGGGCAAAAGAGAAUACAGUGGAAACAUAGAACAAGAUGGUUUAUCUAUCCCUGUUACAUCGCUUCGGGACAGUAUGGUAAUGAUGCUGUACAAUGCAGACAGAGAAUUGAUAUCAAAAUCAGAGCUGAAGACAAAAGCGAUCCUGGAGUCAGGAACUAUGGAUGUUGUAUUUACUCUUGAUAGUGGAGGAAAAAUAAUUCUUCAGGUGCAGCUUGUACUCAACGAUGAUGACCGCAAGAGGAUCCAAGAAAUGAGAAACUCUGCAAUGAAAAGAAAACAGCAGGCACUACUUGGAGAUGGCUAUGAACUCAAUUUUCCAGACAGCCCAUUGUCUAAACGGCUCAUAGAGAAGAUCAACAUUCAAAGUAAAGGAGAUGGACGACCUAAGCUUCGGAAGAGUGUGUCGCUGGAUGAUUUGCAAGAGAGGGCCGUGUUCUCUGGAAUAAAUGUGGAUCCGCGGAUGAAGGCCUCAAGAAACUUGUUGCUGCAAAGGGGUGUUAGAAAUACUUCAAGGUUUGAAGAUCCCAGUAGCUCCAAGAAAGGAAACAGUAAACCAGAGAGCAAAUCAAGUAGUUCAGUGAAGAAGAUGAUAAGUGCCUUCGAGGGCACCUCUCCACAGGGUUUGUCUUCAGAUAUUGAUGCAUCACUGACCGAUUCAGGCAUUGGUAGUACGCAGGCAGGCAAAGCAAUAGUCCCUUUUGGUGAUAACAAAGGUUCAAAUUACAGGUCAGGAAAGACAGUUUUGUUCCAGCAUAAAAAAUCCAGUGCACCUGGACAAAUUGGGAUGUCAAGUCCAACUGAAAGAAGGAGCGGUAGGUCCAGUAGCGGUGACAGAGCAAACAAGCAGAAGCUAAGAGAAAAUGAGCUGAACAGAACUAAAAGGAGAUCCCAGGCAAAGCAUCGGCGCUCCAUUAUUGGCCCCUCCUAUUCGCUGGAGCGGAUGCAUUCAAGAGACUAUGUUGAGCACUCGUUGAACUAUUUGGUUGCGACAUCAAGCACCCGGAUACACCCACAUAUUUGUGUAACUACUGCGAGCAAGCAGCUGAAAGACCUCCUUGAGCUUGAACAUUGGAAGUCACAUGCGCACAUGAAACACACUGAUAAAAACCAAGAGAUCACAAGUGUCGAUGAAUCGAUUGCCUCUGCUCAAACUCGAAGUGGCGGUUUCCCUGUGCUGAAUGGGUGGUUGAUAAAUCAGGGAGUGCGUGGUGCCAUUGUGGUAAUAGCUUGUGGGGCUAUGUUCCUCAACAGCAGAUGAAAUAUUGCGUCAAGCUUCAAUGCUGCCAUGGUCCUAUCCUUUCUGUAUUGCAAGUAUCUAUACUCAGGAGGACCGAGGGCAAAGAUUUGCGUUCAGGGCUCAGCUUUGGUCGGACAACUAUCUUCCUGGCUGGAUAAGGUGGACUCUCUGGAGUAAAAUGCCUGGCACAUCAUUAAACUUGCGCCAAAUUCUUAACUGGAUCACUCAACUUGAAAACAGUACACAUUGCAUCAUCAAACUUGUAACAAGGUUCAACGUGUGAUGAGUAGUUAUUCCACAUAAGUAGGCUCAAUCCAUCGUGGCGAUGACACAAUAAGCUAUCUCAUCUUCAAAGUCCAUUGAUUUGAUUUCUAUGAGGGUGACA